CUGAAGAUGUGGAGCUGAAAGCUCAGCUUUCUGCUGCUGUUCCUUUCUCCUAGCUGCUCCCUGUAGCCCAGCAGCCAGAGCACCUGCAUCCCUAUGGAGGAUGCCAGGUUCAGUGAAUGAUGUGCCCUGUGCCAACUUUGAAGCCAACAUAUUUGCAAGGAACCUGUGCCAACACUGCUUCCGUGCCUCAAGGGUUCACCCGCAUGCUGCCCAGGAGCAUGACGCAGAGGUGGCGGGGCACGGCACCAACGCAGACCCAGGUGGGCCCUGGGACUCGGUCCGCAUCGUAGCACCGCAGUGCGAGGUGUACAUCUGCGUGGGUCGGGCAGACGGCGCAGAGCGCUGGCACCAGAGCAGGGCACAGCCCCCACUCGGCCCCAGCACUGUGGGCCAGCAUGGAGAAACCAGCACCGAGCCCCACAGCCACACUGAAGGCAGGGGCUGGGAGAUGACCAGACUAUUGGACACCACUUUGGGAUCAGGCAAGCAGGACACAAUGAGCUACAGAGGCCACAAGGAUAACACACAGCUGCAGGUGGACAGAGCUAGGUGGGGUCAGCCCUUUCCUUCUGGAUCCUGGGUGAAGACAGAGGCUCCGAGCAUUAGGAAAGAAGUCUUUGUGCCAAAAGCAGAGCGUGCUCCUGCCAGCCAGAAGCCCAAGGAGGGCUGGGCAAAGCAUCGCAUAGAGAGUGGCUAUUUCUCCUUGGAACCUCGAAAACCUGACCCUUCCUGGGCUUCCUCUGUACCUCGUCCUGGCCGCAGCUCCUCUCCUGGUCCAGGCAGCAGCAGGCAUUUGGCAUCUUCCUCCAGGGCUGGGGAGCCCCGUGGGCAUCCCAGUGCUGGGGGCACAGAGGGGAAGCGUGUGCUGGAGAGGCAGGAGUACACGGUGCUGGCAGACCUGCCCAAACCCAAGCGCCUUGGCCGUGGGGAUGCUGCUGACCGCCGUGGCUCCCGCACGCUCAGCCCUGGCCGAGUGGAGGUGGAGAGGAUAUUUGGUUGUGAGCGCAGGAAAUCUGAGACGUUGGAGGCUUUCCAGGCACUGGAGGAGGGCCGCGUGGAGCGGCUGGAUGGCAAGACCCCAGUGCCACCCAGCAAAGGCAGAGUCAUUCGGAGGCAGUCCAGCCCCAGCCUGCCCAGGGAGGGUCAGCGGCUCUCCUGGCACCCUGAGCUGUGCAGCAGAGAUUCCAAGGAGUCCCGGCGCUCCCCCAGCCCGGCUCGACAAACAGAGAGGGCCGGGGUCCCCCUGCGCCCCAUGUGCCCUUCUCCACGGGCGGAGAGGGACUGGAGGAAGCCCCGGGAGCCCACAAGUCCUACUCAGCGGCUGGAGAGGGGAGGCAACAGCCCACGAUCCCCCAGCCCAGCUUCUAGGUUGCAACAGAGGGCAGGAGGAGCUCAGAGCCCUCCCCAGCACACCGAGAAGGACUGGAGGAACAGAGCAGAGAGGAGCCAAGUUGCCUGGCAGGCUGGAAGCAUGGGGAAAGCCAGUGAGAGAAAAAGCUGGGGGAACACCCUGCACCCCCCAAGCCUUGGGAAGAGCAUGGAUGGAAACAAGCAGGGAGGAGCCUGGCCACCACGCUCCAUGAGUCCUACAGGACGGACAGAUGGCACAUGGAAAAGCCAAAAGGAGACCUCUCAGCCUGGCCUUGCACGGGGGGCAGAGAGACAACGGGGGGACCCAUCCAGGAAACAGCUGGAGUGCAGCUGGAAGAACCUCCGGGAUAAACUGCAGCCUCCUCAUGCUGGGAAGGGCACAGACAAUGAGUGGAAAGGCCGAGGGAAGCCCUUGCGUCCCAUGAGCCCAACGCGGCCACCAGAGCAGGAUUGGAAAGGCCAUGGGAAGCCCUUGUGUCCCAUGAGCCCAACGCGGCCACCAGAGCAGGAUUGGAAAGGCCACGGGAAGCCCUUGCGUCCCAUGAGCCCAACGCGGCCACCAGAGCAGGAUUGGAAAGGCCAUGGGGAUGCCUGCCAGGUUCAGAAGGCAGAGAAAGACUGGAGGGCGCAUGAGAAGUCACCGUGCCACAUGGACUUGAUGCAGCAGCUGGAAAGGGACUGGAGGAGCCCCGCUAGGUAUGCGGAUGCCUGGCCACGGCCGGAUGACAGCUGGAGGAGGCCUGAGAGCCCAGCACAGAAACUGGAGGAUGAUUGGAAGGGGGCUGAGCACAGCCAUGACUCAAACAACCCAGAGAAACCAUUGGAAAGCGAUUGGGAGAACAAGAAAUUCCUCGUAUAUCACUCGCAGCUGGAUGGGAGCUCCAGAGCACCGCAGAGCUCCUCGGGAAGCCGGCUUCCACACGGGAGCACCAGCGAGAAACGCACUAAGCCAGAUCUCCUCAAUUUCAAGAAGGGAUGGAUGUCCAUCCUGGACAAGCCAGGAGAGUGGAAGAAACACUGGUUCGUGCUGACCGACUUGAGCCUGAGAUAUUACCGGGACUCGAACGCCGAGGAGGCUGAUGACCUUGAUGGCGAAAUCGAUCUCCGCUCCUGCACAGAUGUGACAGAAUUUGCGGUGCAGCGCAACUAUGGCUUCCAGAUACACACGAAGGAUGCCAUCUUCACACUGUCAGCCAUGACCUCAGGCAUCCGGCGCAACUGGAUUGAGGCUCUGAAGAAGAACGUGCGCCCUGUUAGUGCUCCAGAUGUCACCAAGCUAUCUGACUGCAACAAGGAAAACACAAUCCGUAACUGCAUCCCACCAAAGAGCUCACUGCGAGUGGACGAGCAGCAGCAGCCAAGUUCUGAGGGAAGCACCAAAGGCAGCACUUGGAAAGCGGAUGGGCCACGCCAUGCCUUUGACUACGUAGAACUGUCCCCCUUGCAGCAGGAUCCCCAAAAUCAGGGGUCCCCACCGAGGACAAGAGGGAGUUUGAGGGUGUCAGAGCGAGUGUCCAAGCAUGAGGAUCUAGAGCGGGAUUUGGCAGUGCGUUCAGAGGAGAGGCGCAAGUGGUUUGAGAGUCCUGACGGCAGGGUCUCCAACAGUGAUGGCCCAGGGGGAAACUUGUCCCGCAAGGUGGAGGAGCCAGACCUGCCUGCUGCCCCACUUUCAGAGGAGCAGCGAGUUCGGCUGAACGAGGAGAUAGAGAAGAAGUGGCUGGAGCUGGAGCGCUUGCCCUUGAAGGACUCACGGCGAGUGCCCUUGACAACACUGCUGAACCAGGGCAAGGGGAACCACGGAGAUGCCAAUGAGGCACUGAAAAAGGAGGUCCAGUCGCUGCGGGCGCAGUUGGAGUCCUGCCGGGCCCGAAACGAGAGCCUUCGGGAAGCUGCCAAGUCCCAGGGAGAUGGCCACGUGCCCCGGGGCUACAUCUCUCAGGAGGCCUGUGAGCGCAGCCUGGCUGAGAUGGAGUCGUCACACCAGCAGGUGAUGGAGGAGCUGCAGAGGCACCACCAGCGAGAAAUGGAGCGGCUGCGGCAGGAGAAGGAGCGGCUCCUUGCAGAGGAGGCUGCAGCAACGGCGGCAGCCAUUGAAGCACUGAAGAAGGCCCACCGGGAGGAGAUGAACAAGGAGCUGGGCAGGACACGAAGCUUUCAGCAGUGUGGCUCUGUCACAGACGCCCUCCAGAAGCAGCACCAGUUGGAUGUAGACUCACUGAAGCGGGAGCUGCAGGUGCUGUCAGAGCAGUACUCCCAGAAGUGCCUGGAAAUUGGGCAGCUAACAGAGAAGGCAGAGGAGCGGGAACAGAUGUUGCAGCGCUGCCAGCAAGAGGGGAAGCAGCUCCUUCGGAAGAACCAGGAGCUGCAGAUCCGCCUGUCGGAUGAGAUUGGGAAGCUGCGAAGCUUCAUCACCUCGCGGUGCUCUGGGGACCGAUCUCCACAAAACAAUGAGCGCAACUCCUGCGAGCUGGAGGUGCUGCUGCGUGUGAAGGAGAAUGAGCUCCAGUACCUGAAGAAGGAGGUACAGUGCCUCCGGGAGGAGCUGCAGAUGAUGCAAAAGGACAAGAGAUUUGCCUCAGGGAAAUACCAGGACGUCUAUGCAGAGCUGAAUCAUAUUAAGGUGCGCUCAGAGCGAGAGAUUGAGCAGCUGAAGGAGCAUCUGCGCCUGGCCAUGGCAGCCCUGCAGGAGAAGGAAACACUGUGCAACAGCAUCAGCAAUUAACGGUCUACUUCAUUUGUUUAUCUGUUCUUGUUUUUUAUUUGCUCCGUUCCUCACUUAAGGAGAGAGGGAGGUUGGAUCUCAUCCUUGGCGAGACAUCUCUCUCCUCAGCCAGCUCCUCACUUCCCUCCCAAAGCUUUUGAUGAAGCCUUUCCAAAACCUUUUUGCCUUUGUAUCUGAGCACAUUAUUUGGAAUGGCUCCUUACAUGCACCUUCUUCAGGAUUUUAUACGUGAAAAUUAUAUUUUAUAGAAGAAUUUUGUUUUCCCUUGAGAAAAAGAGGAAAAGGAGAGGGAAAGCUUCUACGUCACCAGCAUUUUCUAACCAGAGAAAGAGAAUAUACUCCCCACUUCCUCAGCCCCCCCUGCUCCCAGCCACGUAUCUGCCUUUGGCACUCCCAUUCCCUCUCUUCCACCUGUCUCUGGGGCCCCAUGGGGAUGUAUGGGGACACGUAACAACACCACUGCCCCAGCACCCAGUGGAGGAGACACCCAAGCCAUAGGAGGAGGCCGCCUGCCGCAGCUGCACCCACCUGCAACUUUGAAAGAGGAGACCUUGGCACGAGGCUGCACGAUGGAGCUCUCAGUGACUGUCCUUCAGCUCUGCCUUGGCACAGCCUCAGCGCCAGGAGCCUCCCCACUCACCCUCCCUCGGGCUGGGGAGAGCCCGACAUGUUAGUGGCAGAGGAGCUGCUGUUCUGCCACACCCUUCAACUCUUAACUUAAUAAAAUCUUCCCCUUUUGCUGAG